GUCAGAUGCACUUCAUUCAUUUUAAUUAGUUUCAUGCACUCUUUUCCAAGAAUUCAUGUAUUGCAUUUAGAUUUUUACCACAGUGCGCUGAAAAGGGGAAUCCUCACCACACUUGAAGAUUUUCCUGUCAAACCUGUUCAUGUCCUCACGCUUUGAAGUCGAAACUAUCUGAAAGGGCUGGGAUGUGGUGGGUGCUGUGGCUGCUGGGGGCCUUGCUGGCUCUCUUCUCCUGUAUGGAUGUGUGGUACUUCCUGCGGGCCGGUGUGGUCAUCCUCAAAGCCUGGUUCCAGCCUCCAGUUUUCGACAUCACGGCGGAGCAGAUUGUCUCGGGCCGCGUCACAUUCAAUGACAUCGACAUGUGUCAUAUGAACAACGCUCGCUAUCUCAGAGAAUGUGACUUUGCCCGGUUCUCCCUGUACACUCGAAAUGGUGUGUUCAAAGCUGUGCGAGCUCUAAGGGCCUCUAUGGUGGUGGGGGCUAAUACUAUUCGCUACAGGAGGGCGUUGUGUGUCGGAGAAGGGUACGAGCUGAGGAGUCGGAUUGUGACGUGGGACGACAAGGCCUUCUACCUGGAGCAGAGAUUUGUGUCGACUAAAGAUGGACUGGUGUGUGCUGUCAUGUACUGCAAACAGUCAGUCAUACGCAGCACUCCUGACCAGAUCAUGCAACAUCUGUGCAAGAGGAAGGUUGAGGUCCCUGAGUUCCCAGAGGAUCUUCAGCACUGGGUGAACUUCAUCUCGGCCAGCAGCCAGGCCCUCAGAGCUGAGAGUGGACUGGACGAUAAGAACAAAUGAAGACUGUUAAUCUUCUCUUGUUAAAGUCCCAUGGGUAAAGAAAAGCUGUAUCAUCUGCUUUCAGUGCAAUAAUAGGUACAGUCAUUUAAAUGCACUACUGACAUGAACAACAACGUAUAAGGUUUAAUACAGUAAGUUUGAUGUUUACAAAACCACAUAAAAUACUGUAUUUUUCUACUUUAAUACAAAGUAUUCAGUGAUGAAAAUUUAUCCUAGCCUUAAUACUACUGCUGCAGUCUGCUUGGUGUACAUUUGGUACAUUUGGUACAUACACUUGGUAACAUUCAAUACGUUAUGCACUAAAAUUGUGAAAAGAAGUUAGGUUAAAUUUGUGUUAAAAUAGAUGUAAGUGAUGUGAAGUAUGUAUCUUAUUUAAAAUGGAAAAGCCUACUUGUGCCUUGGUGCUGUUGUUGAUAGCAAUAAAUAAUA